AUGGAAGAUGUCGAUGAUAUGAACGUCCGUUUGCUUAUGCGUGAGGUUCAAAGUAAACAAGAGAAGAAACCCGGAACUUCAUCCCCAGUCCCUUUGAACUCUGCGGUUAGCCCUUGCACUCUUCUGCCUGUGAAUAAAGCCGCCAGCAGUACCCCUUUGUCAAUAAACAUUCCACGUUUCUACUUCCCUAAAGGACUUCCGAAUGUCUGCACUAAUCAUGAAGAAAUCAUUGCCAGGAUUGAAGAAGCCUUUACAGAGUUUGAAGAUGAGAAGGCAAACAUCUGUGAAAUGGGGAAAAUUGCUAAGAUAUGUGGCUGCCCACUCUACUGGAAAGCACCUAUGUUCAGUGCAUCAGGAGGAGAAAGGACAGGAUGUGUAUCUGUACACUCAUUUGUAUCUAUGUGGAGAAAAAUGCUACGUAACUGCCAUGAUGAUGCAUCCAGAUUCACAUACCUUUUAGCGAAGCCCGGCUGUGACUACCUAGAACAGGAGGACUUCAUCCCGCUGCUUCAGGAUGUGGUGGAAACGCAUCCUGGCCUGACGUUCCUGAAGGAUGCUCCGGAGUUCCAUUCCCGGUAUAUUACAACGGUUAUACAAAGAAUAUUCUACACAGUCAAUCGAUCCUGGUCUGGGAAGAUCACUUUAACAGAGCUGAGGAAAAGCAACUUCUUGCAAACUCUUGCUCUCUUGGAAGAAGAGGAUGACAUAAAUCAGAUCACAGAUUAUUUCUCCUACGAGCACUUCUAUGUUAUAUACUGUAAAUUCUGGGAGCUGGACACUGACCAUGAUCUUUACAUCAGCCAGAAGGAUCUGGCUAGGUACAGUGAUCAAGCUUUAUCGAACAGGAUUAUUGAGCGAAUAUUCAGCGGCGCUGUGGUGAGAGGCAAUGAAGUUCAAAAGGAAGGCCGCAUGAGUUAUGCUGAUUUUGUGUGGCUCCUGAUUUCGGAGGAAGACAAAAGGAGUGCUACAAGCAUUGAGUACUGGUUUCGGUGCAUGGACCUGGAUGGGGAUGGAGUGCUCUCCAUGUAUGAACUGGAGUACUUCUAUGAGGAGCAAUGUGAGCGGAUGGAAGUGAUGGGCAUAGAACCACUGCCAUUUCAUGACUUGCUGUGUCAGAUGCUUGAUCUCGUUAAGCCAGAGAGGGAAGGAAGAGUAACCCUGCGAGACCUGAAGAGGUGCAGAAUGGCUCAUGUAUUCUACAACACCUUUUUCAAUUUAGAGAAAUAUCUGGACAAUGAACAGAGGGAUCCCUUUGCAGUGCAAAAGGACACUGAAAAUGAUGGCCCUGAACCCUCUGACUGGGACAGAUAUGCUGCUGAAGAGUACGAGAUUCUUGUGGCCGAGGAGUCUGGGAACGAGCAAUUACAAGAAGGAUCAUUUGAAGACUAUGACACAGAUGAAGUCUUAUCUCCCCCUGAAACUGGAGACAAGUCAGACAAACUAGUUAUCUCAGAUCUCUCAGCAUAGAAAAAUGGAAGACUUUUAAUCAAUAUCUUUCAAACUGGAUAGCAUUCAGGCCCAAGAACACUUAGGGAUUUUUUCUUUAAAUCCGUCAUUGGAGCAAUGUGCUUUAUUUUGUACACUGUAACUUGAGAACCCUUUUUCUCUUCCUGUGUAAUUGCAAUAAGGUAAUUUCUAUAAGAAGGCUUUUUACAAUGUGUUAUCGUGCACGCUCAUUAAAAAUGGUGAUU